GCUGAUUCCAGUGCGGCUAAAUCGGAUAGCUCUCCCCAAGAUGCCAGAUCACGUUCGAUACAGAAGAACGGCUUUGACAAGGAUGCAACAGGACCUGGAGGUGAGAAUGAAGAUGUGAUGAUAAACGGUGAACUGAUUCCACCGCAAGUGCUCGCAGAAAUAUUUUCACGAAUCGAUAAUAUCGUAGUGCUUGGAUACGUGUGUCGACGUUGGAAUGAUGUUCUGUCGGCACCAGGGUUUUGGAUCGAUUGUAUGACACACCGUUCAAUGGAGCUUCCACCCGUCUCGCUCCGUUCCGCCAAAGCGUUGAACAUGAAGAAGGUGUGCCUUAAAGAGCCAUUCGAACGCAAUCUUAUUGAGAAUCCGAGCGGUGAGAAGAAACUGAAUGGAUGGAGCGUCACUGAGAAUGGUGGAGAUGGUGUUCAAAUCGAAACCCCACCAAUAAGUUGUACAGCGAAUCUGGAUGAAGAUAUUCCAAUUGCAUUCGCAACCAGUUUCGCUUGGUGUACAAUGCACUGCAUCAUAGAUCUAUGGAAGGCUGGCGUUGAGGUGAGCUCACUCUUAAUAAUAGUAUCAGUCCAUAUUGAUUCCCUCGUUGUUGUUAAUAAGUAUUGUUACUUGAUCCGUACUCACUACAUUGCAGUGCUAACGAUUCAACGAACGAAGUAUUAUCGUACAUCUGUUUCAGCAAUCGUUUUUGGAUGA